AUGGCCGUGUUCAGUGAGGAGUUCACGUUGUGUGGGCUUCUCCCUGGGGCUGGUGGCGACCGCUUCUGUGGGCUGCAGGGUGUGGAGAACAGUGGAAAUCCUGACAGAGUGCUAGUUACUGACUCUGCCAGGGCUGUCACUGUAUAUAAGGUAUCGGAUCAAAAACCUUUAGGGAGUUGGACAGUGAAACAAGGUCAACAGAUCACCUGUCCUGCUGUGUUUAAUCAUGAAACUGGAGAGUAUAUUGUUGUUCAUGACCAAAAGGUUUUAAGAAUAUGGAAGGAUGACGAUGUAAACUUACAGAAAGUGUUUAAAGCAGCGCUGUCUGCAGAUGUGUGCCGUGUCCAUACUCUCCCUGGUGCUGAACCACUGGUGGUGUUCAGAGGUGGUGCUGUACAAUUUUUGGACUCUCUGCUUGCUGACCCACAACAAGAAAUUAAAUCUGUUUUAACAGCUGGAGAGCAGAUUCUAUGUUCAAAGAUGUUUAUGGAAGCUGGUCGCUCUGUCUUAGUAUAUAUCACUCAGAAGAUGCAGGAUUAUUUUGUGCAUAUUUGGAUAUUUAGCCCUAAUUUUCAUCGAACCUACAAACUCAAAGCAGCCACAGAAGAAUACAGUGCUUUAAGUUUUUCAUGUUCUCUGAAAAACCAAAUGCUCACUCUUCUUAUUUUAUACUCUAACAGCAGUGUGGAUCAUACAUCCGUGUCACUUAUUCAGCAUGAGGAGAUGGCAGAAAUUCCUUUACUUAUGUCUCCACUACUUCACCUACCAGAACCCACAGACUCCGGUGCUGUUGCCAUCCUUGAUGAUUCCCAUUUAGCUAUGCUGACAUCUGCUUCAAAACAAAAGGGUUGCCUCUCUAUAUGGAAUACAACGUUUCAGACCAUUCAAGUUACAAGAGAAUUUCCACAGAAAACCAGCACUCAGCUUUGGUGUUAUGAUGGUAAGCUGUAUUUGCAACAUGGAAAAGCCUUGGUAUUGGUACCAUACUCCUGCGAAACAUCAUGCUUGGCAUCAGCUCUUGGAAAACGUAGAAACAUUCAGACAUCAGCUUUAGAAAAUGUUUCAAUUGUGAAUUGGGAAUCCUAUAUAGCAAAUGAAUCACAGUCAAAACAAUUAAGCACCAAAAAAAAUUCUAGGCAGAAGAAAAGUAAAGAGGACUCCGAGGACAAUGCAGAGGUAACAUCACUUCUUGCAGAUAUUACGAAUUCUCCCCAAGAUCAGAUCAAAUGGAUCCUGCGGAAGGCUUUAGUUAACGUUGGAUCUGCAGAUUUUCAGAUCACUGUUUGCAAAGUAGCAUUAGAACUUAUGAACCGAUGUAAAAGUGAUCCCCAGUUUUAUCCACAAAGUGCUCUGGUGCAACUCAUACAGACAAAUAAAUUGUCUUACAGUUUGUGUCCUGAUAAGGUUUUCAUUGCAUUGAAGAAUCAGGAUGUCUGCUUGUUACAGCUAUGCUUGUGAAGUUUCCCCGACGUUAAAGAGCCCAUUCUAUGCUCUUGUUUAAAGACCUUUCUAAGUGUUGCUGAAGAUAAACUGACAGAGGUAGAAAUAGAUGUGGAGUCAGCUGUAUAUUAUAUUGAUACCAUCAAGUCUACUAAUGAAUCAGAGGCUCCUGAAGAGACUGCCCUGGUCCAGAAUGGGUUUAGUCCGGCUGUUCUGGAGGAGGACAGUUGUGAUGUUCAGAUAGUUGAGAAAACACCUGAAAAGGCUCUGCUGCAAAUUCCUCCAGUCACUGUGAAAAGAGCUGCACUUCUAAAUUCAGUUCUCACCUCGGCGUACAGUGAGACCUUCCUUCUGCCUCAUCUGAAAGAUCUGUCUGCUGAGCAAGUGAUUUUACUCCUUUGGUAUUUGCACUGCUUGUAUGUGAAGUGCAAUGAAAAUCUUACGGUUGACCUUCCAGGCAAGGAUGCGCCCUCUGUUACCCAGAUCAUGGACUGGAUGAGCUUGCUGUUGGAUGCACAUUUUACAGUUGUGGUGAUGCUGCCUGAAGCUAAAAAGUUGCUGCGUAGUCUUCAGAAGUUUGUGAGAAGUCAGCUGAAGUUUUAUUCAGAGCUGAACAAUAUUGAAGGAAGUUUAACUGAGCUGCAGAAAUUAAACAAUAAACAAGACCGUGGACAAUAUUCCAUAGAAGUUCUGGAACUGUUUUAGCA